AUGCUGGACACGAUGGAGGCGCCCGGCCACUCGAGGCAGCUGCUGCUGCAGCUCAACAACCAGCGCACCAAGGGCUUCUUGUGCGACGUGAUCAUCGUGGUGCAGAACGCCCUCUUCCGCGCGCACAAGAACGUGCUGGCGGCCAGCAGCGCCUACCUCAAGUCCCUGGUGGUGCACGACAACCUGCUCAACCUGGACCAUGACAUGGUGAGCCCGGCCGUGUUCCGCCUGGUGCUGGACUUCAUCUACACCGGCCGCCUGGCCGACGGCGCGGAGGCGGCGGCGGCGGCGGCGGUGGCUCCGGGGACCGAGCCGAGCCUGGGCGCCGUGCUGGCCGCCGCCAGCUACCUGCAGAUCCCCGACCUCGUGGCGCUGUGCAAGAAGCGCCUCAAACGCCACGGCAAGUACUGCCACCUGCGGGGCGGCGGCGGCGGCGGCGGCGGCUACGCGCCGUACGGGCGGCCGGGCCGGGGCCUGCGGGCCGCCACGCCCGUCAUCCAGGCGUGCUACUCGUCCCCGGCCGGGCCGCCGCCGCCGCCCAGCGCCGAGCCGCCGUCCGGCCCGGAGGCCGCAGUGAACACGCACUGUGCCGAGCUGUACGCCUCGGGCCCCGGCCCGGCCGCCGGCCUCUGCGCCCCGGAGCGCCGCUGCUCCCCGCUCUGCGGCCUGGACCUGUCCAAGAAGAGCCCGCCGGGCUCCGCGCCGCCGCCCGAGCGGCCUCCGGGCGAGCGCGAGCUGCCGCCGCGCCCGGACAGCCCUCCUAGCGCCGGCCCCGCCGCCUACAAGGAGCCGCCGCUCAUCCUGCCGCCGCUGCCGCCGCUGCCCUUCCAGAAGCUGGAGGAGGUCAUGCAGCCUCCGGACCCGUUCCGCGGCGGCAGCGCCAGCCCGGGACCCGAGCCCCCCGGCCGCCCGGACGGGCCCAGCCUCCUCUACCGCUGGAUGAAGCACGAGCCGGGCCUGGGCAGCUACGGCGAUGAGCUGGGCCGGGAGCGCGGCUCCCCGGGCGAGCGCUGCGAGGAGCGCGGCGGGGACCCGGCCGCCUCGCCCGGGGGGCCUCCGCUCGGCCUGGCGCCGCCGCCGCGCUACCCGGGCAGCCUGGACGGGCCCGGCGCGGGCGGCGACGGCGACGACUACAAAAGCAGCAGCGAGGAGACUGGCAGCAGCGAGGACCCCAGCCCGCCCGGCGGCCAUCUCGAGGGCUACCCGUGCCCCCACCUGGCUUACGGCGAGCCCGAGAGCUUCGGCGACAACCUGUACGUGUGCAUCCCGUGCGGCAAGGGCUUCCCCAGCUCCGAGCAGCUGAACGCGCACGUGGAGGCGCACGUGGAGGAGGAGGAGGCGCUCUACGGCCGGGCCGAGGCGGCCGAGGUGGCGGCGGGAGCCGCCGGCCUCGGGCCCCCUUUCGGAGGCGGUGGGGACAAGGUCGGCGGGGCUCCUGGCGGCCUGGGCGAGCUGCUGCGGCCGUACCGCUGCGCGUCGUGCGACAAGAGCUACAAGGACCCGGCCACGCUGCGGCAGCACGAGAAGACGCACUGGCUGACGCGGCCCUACCCGUGCACCAUCUGCGGGAAGAAGUUCACGCAGCGCGGGACCAUGACGCGCCACAUGCGCAGCCACCUGGGCCUCAAGCCCUUCGCGUGCGACGCGUGCGGCAUGCGCUUCACGCGCCAGUACCGCCUCACCGAGCACAUGCGCAUCCACUCGGGCGAGAAGCCCUACGAGUGCCAGGUGUGCGGCGGCAAGUUCGCCCAGCAGCGCAACCUCAUCAGCCACAUGAAGAUGCACGCCGUGGGGGGCGCGGCCGGCGCGGCGGGGGCGCUGGCGGGGCUCGGGGGGCUGCCCGGCGUCCCCGGCCCGGAUGGCAAAGGCAAGCUCGACUUCCCCGAGGGCGUCUUCGCCGUGGCCCGCCUCACGGCCGAACAGCUAAGCCUGAAGCAGCAGGACAAGGCGGCCGCGGCCGAGCUGCUGGCGCAGACCACGCACUUCCUGCACGACCCCAAGGUGGCGCUCGAGAGCCUCUACCCGCUGGCCAAGUUCACCGCGGAGCUGGGCCUCAGCCCGGACAAGGCGGCCGAGGUGCUGAGCCAGGGAGCGCACCUGGCGGCGGGGCCGGACGGCCGGACCAUCGACCGUUUCUCGCCCACCUAG